CAAGACGUGAACAAUAAAAUGUAACAAACUUUUAGUGUGAUAAAAUCGCUUACUAACCUUUUCUGUGUAUUUAGCCAAUUUUACAACUUCGUUGCCAUGAUAAUGUAAUGUCAACAAACCCUAAAACCCUAAAACGACUGUAAAAAUGAAGAUUUAAACAACUUUACAGCUCAAAUAAUACAUGAGUUUUAACAGAAGAAUUAAUGUAAGUGCUUUUAUAAAAUUAUUAGCUUCACAUUUCUGCCUUUAAACCCUCCAAAAAUUGGCCCCAUUCACUUCCAUUGUAAGUGCCUCACUGUAACCUCGAAUUUUGAUUUAAAGAAAAGGAGGGACGAGUCGAAAUAAUUUUUUUGUGGUUAACAGCAUUAUGUCACAGAUGCUGUCAAUUGAGCUUAACAUUGAACCUGGUGUAUUUCUUUAAAGAGGGCAACACAUUUCAGUCUCAGUUUAGAGUUUAGGUUACCUUAUACUGAAAUUUGGUUUUUGUUUGGUUAGUACCUUGAGUUCCUUAAGCAACAAGAACACUUCAAGAAGUGGUAGCCAGCAUUUUUACACCUGAUCAAACUAUUACAGUUUCUUUUGUUGGUGUUGGUGUUGUAUUCAGGUUAAUUUGGUGAUAUUAAAUAAUAUCUUUGACUUGAAUAACAGCAGUUAAUUUAGAUGUUGUUUUCAGUGCAUGAGUCACAUUUCAAAACACAUUCAACAUGUUCAUAUAUUGAAGCUUAGUCUAAGCCAUUCAGUCAGUAAGACCGGUCAUUCACUGUACUCUAAAGAAUGACAAAUAUUAGCAGUCUAGGUAACAGCAGGCUUCCUGGUGUCAAAGGCAUUAAGUCAUUCAUCUUUGCCCCAUCUACUUGACAUACAGUAUAUAUGUUUACAUAAAACUGUCAGGCAAUCCAUGUGUCCUAGAAAGUAAAAAAUUUAGUAAUGCAUGUUGUUAUGUUCGUGUCUGAUGUGUAUGUGUCGUCUCCAGCCCCGUACUAUCACAGAUUCUUCGAUAUUUACAAUACCAAGUUAAUUCCGAGACACAGAGAAGGGGAAAGAGGGACGUGGGCGUCGCCAAAUAAUAAAAUAAACAAAACACACUCUUGCUACACAGUUUAACCUCUAAACUGACUAGAUACAAAAGAGUAAAAUAAAAAGGUAUUCAGCAUCCAAGAUGCCCUAAUUACUCUAUCUAUAGCCAUAACACAAAAGGUACAGCAGGUGCCACCUAAAAUCUAAAAAUGUCCUAAAAUACUGCAAAAUUUGUUUUGUCUUUGAAAAUGUUAUAGUGUUAACACUACUUUUCAGAUGUUUUGUGAUGGUAUAGUACUGAUGUAAAAAAGCAAUGACUCAAUGUUGUGCUCUAUCUUGGUUAUGUAUAACCAUAGGUGCAACACCCUACAAAGCCAUGCCAAUAACCACAAUAUCAUACUGUGACUAGGAGGAGGGUGUGGCCUGCGCUGAAUCAGCUGAUCAGUGGGAGAGCGAGAUCGAGAGAGAGAGAGAGACGCAUGCGGCCGCGUUGCAUCCACUACUGCAGAUAUGUCGUCGUAUCAGAUUCACUCUCCUACCUCUAGGCUUUCCAAGAUGAUGGGCAACUCACCUGGCUCUUUACCCAGCCCUCAGGAACUGGCUGAGGAGGCAUCACGCAAGAGGGAACUCCGUCUGUUGAAAAACAGGGAGUCGGCCAGACAGUGCAGACGCAGGAGAAAGGAGCAUGUGCAGAGUCUAGAGACCCUCCUUGCCACGAUGGAAAACCAGAACAAGAAACUAACUGAAGCAUCUAAAGGAAUCCUGUUUAUAUGGCACACCAGAUUGCAGUUCUCACACCUUCCCCUGAUUGACUCCUGUUCCUAUUUUAAUGGUUAAAUAUUGCUGUCAUAUGUGUGUGUUUUAUAUCUUCUGUGAAAACUGAACACCAGACCAGCACAAUAAUGCCUAUGCUCAUUUUGAAAGGUUUUAUAUUGAAAACUAGAUUAAAUAUUUGACGUUUACAGUCAAAACUGAGUAAAGAAUCUAGAGAUAUUUCUCUGAAUGUCCUCUGUAUGUAAUUUCAGAGGGCCACAUUUAUCAGUGUUAUGCAGUCAUCAUUCACUAUUCACACAGAAACUGAUGUGAAUAUAGUAACUGUAAAUAUACAUAUGUAUAUUUAAUAAAUAUGGCUUGAACAGACAUUUAUUUUGCUGUAGACAGUGU